GGAGUGGUCGCCGCCGGUGUGCGGGAAAGUAAGUCUUAUGGCUACACCAUGACGUCCAUAGGGACCCUUGCCUUCGACAAAUAUGGGCGUCCUUUCCUCAUUAUCAAGGACCAAGAACGCAAGACUCGUCUUAUGGGACUUGAGGCCCUCAAGUCACAUAUAAUGGCAGCCAAGGCUGUAGAAAAUACGAUGAGAACAUCACUUGGACAAAAUGGCCUGGAUAAGAUGAUGGUAGACAAGGACGGCGAUGUGACUGUGACCAAUGAUGGGGCCACUAUUUUAAGCAUGAUGGAUGUUGACCAUCAGAUUGCCAAGUUGAUGGUUGAGCUGUCCAAGUCCCAGGAUGAUGAAAUUGGAGAUGGGACCACAGGCGUGGUUGUCCUGGCUGGUGCCUUACUGGAAGAAGCCGAGCAGUUGCUCGACCGGGGCAUUCACCCCAUCAGAAUCGCCGACGGCUAUGAGCAGGCUGCCCGCAUUGCCACUGAGCACCUGGACAAGAUCAGCGCCAGUGUCUUUGUGGACAUAAAGGAAACUGAACCCCUCAUUCAGACGGAAAAAACCACACUGGGCUCCAAAGUGUAUAACAGCUGCCACCGACAAAUGGCCAAGAUCGCUGUGAACGCGGUGCUCACUGUGGCCGACAUGGCGCGAAGAGAUGGGGACUUUGAGCUCAUCAAAGUGGAAGGCAAAGUGGGUGGGGGGCUGAAGGACACCAAGCUGAUCAAGGGCGUGAUCGUGGAUAAGGAUUUCAGUCACCCGCAGAUGCCCAAGAAAGUGGAGAACCCCAAGAUCGCCAUUCUCACGUGUCCAUUCGAACCACCUAAGCCAAAGACAAAGCACAAGCUGGAUGUGACCUCAGUGGAGGACUACAAAGCCCUUCAGAAGUACGAGAAGGAGAAGUUUCAAGAGAUGAUCCAGCAGAUUAAAAACACUGGUGCUAACCUCGCUAUUUGCCAGUGGGGCUUUGACGAUGAAGCAAAUCAUCUACUUCUUCAGAACAGCCUCACCAUUUUCAUCAGGGGAGGGAAUAAGAUGAUCAUCGAGGAAGCAAAACGAUCCCUUCACGACGCAUUGUGUGUUAUCCGAAACCUCAUCCGGGACAACCGCGUAGUGUACGGUGGAGGCGCUGCAGAAAUAUCCUGUGCACUGGCCGUGAGCCAGGAGGCAGACAAAUGUCCGACCUUGGAGCAGUACGCCAUGCGCGCAUUCGCAGAUGCGCUCGAGGUCAUCCCCAUGGCCCUGGCCGAGAACAGUGGCAUGAACCCCAUCCAGACCAUGACCGAGGUCCGCGCCCGGCAGGUGAAGGAGGCCAACCCCGCGCUCGGCAUCGACUGUCUGCACAAGGGCACAAACCACAUGAAGCAACAACAUGUCAUAGAAACCUUGAUUGGCAAAAAGCAACAGAUCUCUCUCGCUACACAAAUGGUUAGAAUGAUUUUGAAGAUUGACGAUAUCCGUAAGCCUGGAGAAUCUGAAGAGUGAAGAGAAUUUUAGAGUAAGAUGCAGUAGCGAGACCCACUGCUUGAUGAAGUGGAUGGG